AUGCAUCUCCACUCGCUGCGCACUCUCGUGCGUCCGUCCACCUCUUUCUGCGGUCUCACCUCCCUCCGCGGCCUCACCUCCCUCCGCGGCCUCACCUCCCUCCGCGGCCUUUCCACCUCGCCUCCUGUUCGGCGCGACUUCAACCGCCCCUCGCCUCCGCAUCUCCCGGCAGCUGAACAGGCGGAAUUUGAGCGUCUCCAAAAGGCCGCCGAAGUCGCCGUGCCCGCAGGUCUGGAAGAUGCGUCGCCGGACGAGCUGAUCGAGGCGAUGGGCAAGGAAGUGCAUCGCGAUGCGCGGGUGGCGACCCCGGCGUUUGAGGGCGACACGAAUCCCAAGACGGGCGAGGUCGGCGGCCCCAAGCGCGAUCCGUUCCAGGCGAGUAAUGAGGAUUGGGCUUUUGGAGGGCGGGUUACGGACUUUUGA